CCCAACCAACAACUCUAAUAAAUCAACAAUAUGUCAGGACGUGGUAAAGGUGGUAAAGGUCUUGGAAAAGGUGGUGCAAAGAGACACCGAAAGAUAUUACGUGAUAACAUUCAGGGUAUCACUAAACCUGCUAUUCGUCGUUUAGCUAGAAGAGGUGGUGUGAAACGUAUUUCAGGUUUGAUCUAUGAAGAGACUCGUGGUGUUCUUAAGAUUUUCCUCGAAAACGUUAUCCGAGACUCUGUCACUUACACCGAACACGCUAAACGCAAGACUGUCACUUCUCUCGACGUAGUUUACGCUCUUAAACGCCAGGGACGUACUUUGUAUGGAUUCGGUGCUUAGGUCAGUUGAUUUUGAUAACAUGAGAUCUGAAUUUGGGGAUGAGAGGAAACGCAUGGGUUGGUUAUUGUUAUCGGGAGGAAUAUUUCGUUUUUAGCUUUUCAUACUUUCGCUCGACCGAUGGAUUGAUGCACUUCGCGUUGAUGCCCCACAC